GCUACCUUUUACUCACCCCUCCGCUAGCCGCGACCGAAGGAUGGGCCGAAACCGGCAGAUGAGCACCUCACCGAGUUAAACUCCGUAACCAAGGGAGCAUCACUUCCGGCGACGUCAUCACGGCGACACGUGUAUCCAAGAUGGCGCCGGCGAUGGAUUGGUUGCCAUGGUCCUUGCUACUUCUCUUGCUCAUGUGUCAGUCAAGCGCCUUCUACGUUCCUGGUGUUGCGCCAAUCAACUUCCACCAAAAUGAUCCUGUAGAAAUUAAGGCUGUGAAGCUCACCAGCUCGCGAACCCAGCUCCCUUAUGAAUACUACUCACUGCCCUUCUGCCAGCCCAGCAAAAUAACCUACAAGGCCGAGAACCUGGGAGAGGUGCUGAGAGGGGACCGGAUUGUCAACACCCCUUUCCAGGUUCUCAUGAAUAGUGAGAAGAAGUGUGAGGUUCUGUGCAGCCAGUCCAACAAGCCAGUGACCCUGACCGUGGAGCAGAGCCGUCUCGUGGCCGAGCGGAUCACAGAGGACUACUACGUCCACCUCAUUGCUGACAACCUGCCUGUGGCCACCCGGCUGGAGCUCUACUCCAACCGCGACAGCGAUGACAAGAAGAAGGAGAAAGAUGUGCAGUUUGAACAUGGUUACCGGCUCGGCUUCACAGAUGUCAACAAGAUCUACCUUCACAACCACCUCUCCUUCAUCCUUUACUACCACCGGGAGGACAUGGAAGAGGACCAGGAGCACACGUACCGUGUCGUCCGCUUCGAGGUGAUUCCCCAGAGCAUCAGGCUGGAGGACCUCAAAGCAGAUGAGAAGAGCUCAUGCACCCUGCCUGAAGGUACCAACUCCUCACCCCAAGAAAUUGAUCCCACCAAGGAGAAUCAACUGCACUUCACCUACUCUGUGCACUGGGAGGAAAGCGACAUCAAAUGGGCCUCUCGCUGGGACACCUACCUAACCAUGAGUGACGUGCAGAUCCACUGGUUUUCCAUCAUUAACUCUGUUGUGGUAGUCUUCUUCCUGUCAGGAAUCCUCAGCAUGAUUAUCAUUCGGACCCUGCGGAAGGACAUCGCCAACUAUAACAAGGAGGAUGACAUUGAAGACACGAUGGAGGAGUCUGGAUGGAAGUUGGUGCACGGAGAUGUCUUCCGACCCCCCCAGUACCCCAUGAUCCUCAGCUCCCUGCUUGGCUCAGGCAUUCAGCUCUUCUGUAUGAUCCUCAUUGUCAUCUUCGUGGCCAUGCUUGGGAUGCUGUCACCCUCAAGCCGGGGAGCUCUCAUGACCACAGCCUGCUUCCUCUUCAUGUUCAUGGGGGUGUUCGGUGGCUUUUCUGCUGGCCGUCUCUACCGCACUCUCAAGGGCCACCGAUGGAAAAAAGGAGCCUUUUGUACGGCGACACUGUACCCUGGCGUGGUUUUUGGCAUCUGCUUCAUACUGAAUUGCUUCAUCUGGGGAAAGCACUCAUCAGGAGCGGUGCCCUUCCCCACCAUGGUGGCCUUGCUGUGCAUGUGGUUCGGCAUCUCCCUGCCGCUCGUCUACUUGGGCUACUACUUCGGCUUCCGCAAGCAGCCGUAUGACAACCCCGUGCGCACCAACCAGAUUCCCCGGCAGAUCCCCGAACAGCGGUGGUACAUGAACCGAUUUGUGGGCAUCCUCAUGGCCGGGAUCCUGCCCUUUGGCGCCAUGUUCAUCGAACUCUUCUUCAUCUUCAGUGCCAUCUGGGAGAAUCAGUUCUACUACCUGUUUGGCUUCCUGUUCCUUGUUUUCAUCAUCCUGGUGGUGUCCUGCUCACAGAUCAGCAUUGUCAUGGUGUACUUCCAGCUGUGUGCAGAGGACUACCGCUGGUGGUGGAGGAAUUUCCUGGUCUCCGGGGGAUCUGCAUUCUACGUUCUGGUCUACGCCAUCUUCUACUUCGUCAACAAGCUGGACAUCGUUGAGUUCAUCCCCUCUCUCCUGUACUUUGGCUACACGGCCCUCAUGGUUCUCUCCUUCUGGCUGCUCACGGGCACCAUUGGCUUCUAUGCAGCCUACAUGUUUGUCCGCAAGAUAUAUGCCGCUGUGAAGAUUGACUGAUUGGGGUGGACCAUGGCCAGGCCCACUCCGUCCUCGGACAGGAAGCCACCCUGCGUGGGAAACUGCAGGCACGCGAAAUAAAGUAACUCCUGCUCGUUUGGAAUGUGCCUCCUGGCACGGUGUUCCUGGGUCCUGGGCUGUGUGGGGCGGGAGGGCCUGUAGAUAAAUCUUGCAUUUUCUUCAUCUUAUUCCAGUUCUGUGGGGAAUUAGCUUUUGUGGGUUGUUUUUUCCUCAGUGCUAAAAAAGUUCCCUUCAACAGGAACUCUGACCUGUUUAUUCAGGUUUAGUUUCCAUUUGGGUUGUUUUUUGGGUGUUUUGUUUUGUUUUCCCUUCUCAGCGUUUUUAAACAAAUGAUCCAAGAUGGAUAAAUCCACUGAAACAGUGGGUUCUGGUCAGUGUCUCCAUUUUGGUUUCUCAGAGCUGAUGGCCGCACCACGACCAACCAGAAGAGGAAGUCCCCAGGGCCUCAGUGAGGUGUCUGAGUUUCUUGCCACUCAACCUCACCCUCAGUGCUGCAACAAAACACAGCUCUAGCCUGGACAGCCUCCUGGUGCCAGCCAGCCUCUGCCAGCCCCUCUGGCUCCCUCUACUCUCCUCCCCAGCCUCCCACCAGGCCCAGCUGUGGCCAGCCUGCAGCCGGGCCUCUGGGUCUUGUUCUCACGAGGAGCUGCUCCAAGGAAACCCUCGGGAAGUACCAGGGGGCCAGGCUCCCCAGGACAGCAGGAGUCCCCCGUCUUCUGAGCAGCUGGAUUUUGGCCCAACAAGGACAAAGAGCAGAGACUUGCAGUGAACUGAUUCUGUGCCAAGAAACCCCAGACCUGGGGCCGCGUGUUUCUGAAGCCAGCAUCCAUAUGUCUUGUGUGUCUGAGAAGGAACUAAGGUUGCCAGGGACCUCUCCCCUCAACGUGUGCUAGUGGUGGGCCCUCUUCUCUCCGACCGCCAGGAUGAAACGUGGAGGCCCAGACUUUGGGUCACCUUGCUUAGGUGGCUAGGCAGGGGCAUUCUCUCCUGACGUCUCCUGGCCUCCAUGUCCACACCCAUUUCUUUUAACCAGACCCAUACCCUCCCAUUUCUCACCCAACUUCCUGUCGCCUCAUUUUGGGGAUGCCCAGAAAACUACUUGUGAAAAGGAAGAUGAAAGGUAAGUUCUAUCAUUCCUUCCCCAGUUGCCAGGAGGGGACAAGAAGCCUGGCAUCCCCAAAUUAGCAAGAAGGAGGUGUCAAGGCGGUCCUGGCUCCUCUGUAAACUCCACGUCCUCCCACGUCCUGCUCACUUGCUACACAGGGAAGAAACGUGCUCUUAAAUUGCAAGAGACCAAAUCCCCCUGGGAUUAGAGUUCAGUUCCAGCCCCUCACCCUUGCUCCAGCCCAUUUAGUACUUCCACCACUAGACAGAGCUCGAGAUGCUGGUUAUUCCAGGAACACAGCCCAGCCCCGACCACCCACACCCUCACAGUAGCCCUCCCAGGUCCCCAUCAAUCACUCAUCAAACCAGUGAAUUUCUCAAUCUUGCCUCAUAGUGACUCCACAAGCGCCCAGUGGCAUCCACCAAUAGUCAGGUUGGAGAACAGGGAGCCCAAGCAGUAGAGGAUGAUAUUGUAAUCUUUUGUUCAUUCAAGUUUUGGAUUUUUUUUUUCCUCUAAGAGAUUCUCUUUUGGGGGCAGUGGGGUUCUUCCUAAAGAGUUCAAACUUCGUCGAUUUUUCUGACUUUUUAAAUCAUCGUCAUUAUUUUUAAUUAAAAAGAAAUGCUUGUAUGUCUUUUUUUUUUUUAUCCACUUGUAAAUAAAAAUGCCAUUGUCCUGUU